UUUGCAUCAGACUUGUCAUAUCAAUCGAGCUUGCAAUUUGCAUGAACAUCUCUAGGUUAGCUUAUUAUAUAUAGAGAGAAACAGGUCAUUUUUCCACUUCGCUGUCUACUCUCUAAUAUGUAAAUCAAAUUAUUUAAAUGUCUAAACUUUUUUCAUAAAUAUUUAAAAAUAUAAACUUAGUAUAAUAUUUUAUUAUCUGUUGUGACACGCCUUUAGUGGUGACAAAUUCUCUGCUUGCCAAUUAUAACAAUUGGUGACACAAAAUGUACAACACUAAGAAGAUAUAUAUUUCUCUCUCUCUUGCAAAUAAAUACCCAACACUGAGUUACACAAAUUAUUAGAACAUACCCCAAAAAUGAAUUCCAUACAAGAGUCCUACAAAACCCUACCAACACAUCUCAAUCAUAUCAUUCCACUCGAUUUCAAGGGCGUCCUCAGAUUACCCGAGUCUCACGCUUGGUCCCAGUCCAAUGAUUACCCGUCCAUUAAUUCAGAAUCAAUUCCGGUGAUAGACCUAGCCAAUCCCAAAGCCAUAGAACUGGUCCGACAUGCAAGUGAGAAAUGGGGUAUGUUUCAAAUUACCAACCAUGGCAUUCCCGUCCACCUUAUUCAACAAGUUGAGCAUCAAACACGGCGAUUGUUUGCCUUGCCGGCGAAGCAAAAACUCCAGGCCUUGCGAUCACCGGAUGGUUUUACCGGCUACGGCCUCGCCCGAAUUGGACGGCUCUUCCCCAAGCUGAUGUGGUCGGAGGGCUUCUCGGUGAUAGGCUCACCGGAGGGUCAUGCACGCCAACUUUGGCCUCACGACUACAACAAUUUCUGUGAUGUAAUGGAAGAGUACCAAAAGGAGAUGAAGGGACUAUCUGAGUGGAUGAUUGGGCUGAUGCUUAAUUCACUCGGAUUGGCCCAUGAAGAGGUGAAAUGGUUCAUGUCCAAAUUUAAACAUUCACAAUCUGCGCUUCAAUUGAACUCAUACCCAGUCUGCCCAGACCCAACUCAUGCCAUGGGCUUAGCCCCUCAUACAGACUCAUCACUCAUGACUUUGGUGCACCAAAGCAACACUGAUGGCCUGCAAGUCCUCCGAGACAAGGUAGCUUGGGUCAAUGUGCCACCGGUCACCGGUGCAUUUGUCGUCAACGUCGGCGACCUCUUGCACAUCAUCUCCAAUGGCCGGUUCAAGAAUGCACUGCAUCGAGCGGUCGUGAACAAUGCCCAACACCGCGUCUCAAUUGCUUACUUCUAUGGCCCACCAAAGGAUGUCAAGAUCUCACCGUUGAUCAAGUUGACCGAUCCUGACCAUCCUCCUCUAUAUCGGCCGGUGUUAUGGAAAGACUACCUUGAUGCCAAGGCUAUUUGUUUUCACAAGGCACUAGACUUAAUUCGCAUUGAUGCAAAUAGGGAGCUACCCUAGUGCCCGAGGCUCCUUCCGUUGCAAAAAUGUAAUCUCUUAGACAAUUUUCUUAGAAGCUUAGCCAUUGUAAUAUAGUGGACUAAAACAAACCUCCUCAACUGUUUGUGUCAACUUAACUUCCCUGUAAAUAGAUUAAUGGAUACAAAGGGUCUAUGGCCAAAGACAGACCCAUUCAAUUGCCCUGAUGAUUCUUAAAAAAAAAUAUCACUACAUAUUACAUAGACAACUGCACGUGCUACAAUUUUCAACAUUAAAUCUUGACUGCACAAAUCACAACAUUUCGAUCCCGCCAAUGU